AUGAUCUGCUACAAGCGGUUUUACGAAGGCGAAGGGAAAAAGAAGAGUGUCCCUAAUCCUCCUCCUGAUAAAGUCAUGAAAGACACGAUCAGCGGCCUCGGCGCGUACAACGACCAGAUCAAGAAAGUUUCGAUGAUGACAAGCGAAUUAUACGCCAAAAAAACCUCGGAAAACCAGCACUUGUGGGAUGAUCUUGACGAUGCCGUCAAUAAGAUCAAGAAAGCGCGCGAGGGCGACCACGGGUUUCCAUACGCCAUUGAUAACGCGAAGGAGAAAUUCAAGGACGUUCUCGAGAUUAAGACUGAGGAUCUGGGCGAAAAUCCUGGCAGUGGCGAGAAAUGGGAGAAGGUGGACUGGAAGGAGACUUGGGAGGAAGCCCGCAGUAAUGGUUUUGAGAAAAAGGAUCUGAACCAGAGAUUCAGAGAAUAUUUCGACGGAUUCUACGGGAAGGAGAGCAAAUCUAAAGCCCCGAGAAGCCACAUCGCGGUGAUCAGGUCUUUCAAAAGGGCCCAAGACCGAGCCAAGAAAUGCCGACAGAAGCCAGCACCAGAGUCCUAA